AAUCACAAUGUAAAUAUCGUUCCUAUCAUAAAAUUAAGCGUGAAAUUUUUUAUUGAGUUCGGUUAUUAGUAGACUGUCAGUUUGUUCAACUAAUCGUUAUGCACGACUCAAACGAUUGCUUUCUAAACUCCUUCAAAACUUAAAUCGCUUGUACAUAGUCUAUUAUAAUGAGUAUUAAUUAUUUUUCGUAAACAUGGUUUACAGUUCUUAUUUUUAAACUUCAAACCCUCUACAGUGCACUUCGUUCAAUUACUUAUAGUAUUGUUACCCAAGCAGUCGAUCAAUUAGUGAUAAUAUUGGUCUCGAUGGUCGUGUUAUGUACUGACCAAGAAUAUUUGUUUUACUAACAUAUUUUUAAUUCAAAAUUAUCUAGUCACACUGGAUUGACAUGGCUGUUCAACAAAAGUAUCGACGAGAAGAAGUGAGCGAAGUUAGUUGUUGUUUAAAGUAUAUCAUAUUCAGCUUCAAUGUGUUAUUUUGGAUGUUUGGUUUAUCAGUGAUGGCAGUAGGUGUAUGGGCAUGGACGGAAAAAAAUGCAUUUAACAAUCUAAGUAAACUCACCCAUUUAGCGCUUGAUCCAGCUUUUGCUUUAAUUUUAAUUGGUGGAAUUACUUUUAUCAUCGGUUUCACUGGCUGCAUUGGAGCGUUACGAGAAAAUACUUGUUUAUUAGGAAGUUAUGCUGUUUUAUUGGCAGUAAUUUUGGUACUAGAACUAACAGCAGGAGUAUUAACAUUUGUUUUUAAAGACUCAAUUAAAUCUCAAGCCACAGAAGGACUUCAAACAUUUAUUGUACAUUAUAGAGAAGAUCCCGAUCAGCAGAACCUUAUAGAUUGGAUUCAAGAGGAUUGGUUGCAAUGUUGCGGAAUCAAAGGUCCCGAGGAUUGGGAUUUAAAUAACUAUUUUAACUGUUCUUCACAAAUGGUUGGUAGCCGAGAAGCAUGUGGAGUACCUUUCUCUUGUUGCAAACGUAAAGUAAAUGAAAUAGUUGAAAACAAACAGUGUGGGUAUGAUGUCAGAAAAGAAGGCUUUUACGCUGAGAAAUGGACAAGCUUAAAUUUACCUACACAAAUGGGUGAAAGAAAUAUAUAUGAAAGAGGUUGCAUGCGAGCUGCUGAGGAAUGGGUUGAGGAUAAUUUUAUUGGUGUCUUAACAACAGUUAUGACUGUCACCAUAUUACAGACCGACGAUGUCGGAAAACGAAUGGACCUCAUCAUAAAUGAAAAAGGAUGUUUACAAUCUGGAGAGGAAUGGUUAGAAAGAAACAUGCUUUUUAUAGCCACAGUGAGUCUUAUAUCAGCUUUUUGUAAAAUUUUAGGCAUUUGCUUUGCUCAGAAUCUACGUGCAGAUAUUUUUGCCCAAAAAGGCAAGUGGCAUUAGAUGGAGACAAGACAUUAACAAGAUUUUAAAAAUAUAUACUUUUUGUAAUAGGUUUUUAACUUAUUCAAUAUUUUUUCGUAACUGGUAAUUAAUUUAAAAGUAUAUUGUUGCACAACUCUUUAGCGUGAUCGAACAUGCUUUUAUUAAUGUAUUUAGUUUCUUUUAACUUAGCUACUUUUAAUUUUCAAAACAAUUAUUCAUAUGUGACUCGUAUAACAAAUCUCCUACUAACCCCAAUAGUAGAUCAUAUAUUUUUUGGAGAUUCCUAAUAAUAAUUUAUUUCAUAUUUGAAGUUUAACUUUGUAUUGUAAUGAAACAUGUUUAUUCACUUAACUAAUUGAAUUUAAGUAUAUUAACCUUAAAAUUGAAUAUACUAAUACUUCUAACUUUAAUUUCUUUAGUGUGUACAAGUCCUAGCCAUUUUUCAACAUGUCCUGAUUAUUUUAUUUCUGUAAUGCGUUUUAUGACGACUCAAAUUUACCAAUUUUUUUUUCAUAGUCUUCUUUUUUUACCAACAUAGAUCUCUUUUAGAAAAAAUUGAUAUCUUUAUUUAUUUUUUUAAUUUUGCUCAAUAUCACUAGAGUAUUAUUAGUCAAUGGUUUGUUAAUUAUAUUUGAUUGUGCCAAAUAAAUUACAGUAUUCAUAUGCAACUUAUUCUCAAUGUAUUGUUGUAAGUUCCUACUAGUUCUACUUACAUAAACUGAAAGUGAAAAUAAUAUGCUUAUAACUCCAUAGAUAUUGUAUAUUAAAAGUAUAAUUCUAACUCUACUAACAAAUUCAAAU